GUUCCCCAAUUUGCAGGUCAAGCUAUAAAAACCCAUCAAGAAUAUGAGCUCAGUUGCACAAUGAUUCCCACUAAUGACUGUGAGCUGGAAUUCAAAGAUCAAGAAUAUUUAACAGAAACUGGAACACACAUACCAGCAAGAACAAUUGACAAGUACAUCACACGGUGGAAAUGGACAUCCUCUUCUGUGGUUUAUGUGCUUCUGGCCCUCUCUUACCUGCUGAUCAUCAUAUUGUUUGGGCUUGUGGCGUCCCAGGGAAGGAGCAAAUUGCAGCAACAAGGCCAAGGAAGCAAAGACAUGUACCCAUGUGGAGCCAGAAGCAGAGAAUGGGAAUAUUUUGAUGGUGGAUGUUACUUCUUCUCUUACCAACAACUCAUUUGGCACACAGCUAAGGGUCAUUGUGAAGAGCAGCAUUCAGAAUUGGUGGUCAUUACCAAUCAAUAUGAACAGAAUUUUCUUCAGUCUCGAACCAGGGGCGAGCGUUACUGGAUUGGACUCAGUGAUGACAAUGUUGAAGGGCAGUGGAGAUGGGUUGAUAACACAGACUACAGAACCAGCUUCAAGAAUUGGAAAAAAGGUGAACCCAAUGACCAUGGCGGUGGAGAAGAUUGCGCCCAGAUUCACGAGGCUGGUGAAUGGAAUGAUGUACCCUGUAACCUGAAAAGCUUUUAUGUGUGCAAGAAACCUUUGCCUUCCUGAAGAAUCGUGAGAAAAAAAAUUGAGGGG